GUUGCGGGACGAGCCAGGCAGGCAGUCGAGGCGCGACCCUGGUGCGCUCAGGUCGUUUCUCCGUGCAGUGUCCUCAAGUCGUCGCGGCAGUGGUUGGCUCGACACUUGAACGAACAGUGACUCUUUUUCAUUUCUCUUCGUUGAUGGACUUUUGACAAGAAGACUUGCAAUAAUGGUGUGGCGGUUUGUGUUGGGGGUUGCGGCCCUGCUGCUGGUGCACGGGGCGCACGCCCGCUCGGGGGUCACCCUUAGAAACAGUGGAUACGAGGGUCUGGUGCUCGCCAUCGCAGACACCGUGCCCUACGAUGAAUGUGACCAGAUCAUCACUAAUUUAAAGACGGCAUUGACCGACGCUUCGCAAUACUUGAACGGCGCUUUAGACGGCCGGGCCUUCUUCAGAUCAGCAACCGUCCUGCUGCCGAGCUCGUGGAAGGGUGAUUGUGGCCAAGUGGUGCAACCUGCGUCAGGUGAAAUGGCUUCCAGGGCCGAUAUUCGCAUCACCCCGCAACACCUGCUCUUCUCUGACGCCCUGUGGACGCAACAGAGUCAGGGCUGCGGCAAACCCGGCGACUUCAUCUCGUUGGCUUACACUAGACUGGUCAACUCGGUUCAAAACCCUGGAGAACUUGGUCGCGCCCUUGUCAGGGAGUGGGCCAAGCUGAGGUAUGGCGUUUUCGACGAGGCCGGAAUUCCCGGCGACGCGGUCUACCCUCCUUGCUACCAUGAUGAAAAGGACGGCGCCGCCCGAGUGUCCGGCUGCACCGACAAACACCAGAAUACUGAAGGGUUAUGUGAGAAUGUGACCCAACUUCUGCUGGCCGGCGACACCGAUACCCUGACUCCGUUGCUGGUUCACCCUGAAGCGACGUCAAGCAUCAUGUUUGCGCACACGUCUCCUUCUGUGACCAGAUUCUGUGACCACACAACCCACAACAGGUAUGCACCCACCAAGCAUAAUGCCAUGUGCAACAGGCGCAGUGUCAUGGAGGUCAUCCUCGAGAACGAUGACUUCAAAAAUGUUCCAGUGGACGCCACACCAUAUUUUGGUGACACAACCCCUACCGUGACCUUCAAACGUGAGGUCCGCACCCGCUACGUCCUCGUCAUAGAGGACACAAAUGACAUGCUGGUUAGGGAGUCAUGGAGCUUCCUGCGAUCGGCCAUCCGCAAAUUCACUAUCCACGACCUGGCUGUUGGUUCAGAGGUGGGCAUUGUCACCGUCAACGGCACCGACGCUGUCCGUUUGCAACGUCUCGUCAGUCUUAACUACAAAACCAGAGAGCCAGUUGCCUCAAUUCUGCCGUACACCCCUGGCGAGUUUGGCGCUCCGAAAGUCGAGUCUUCCUCUUGCUUGCCCUGCGGAAUUUCAACUGCUAUCGAUAUGUUGACUGAGAAUGGCGAGCAAGGUGGAAAUUCGGUUAUUCUUGUUAUUGCGCCCGGAACUGGUCGUCUUGGAGAGCUUCUUAAUUUAGGCAACCAGGCACGCGCUCUUGGCAUCAAAAUUGCGACCAUCAACUAUCCCCAGAUGGCCAGACCUACCCAUUCCAGCCUUGACGCUCUGGCCCACCUCACGGACGCGCCUGCCUUCACAGUUCUUGAAAAGCGCCAAAAUCAGGAUGCUUCCUUCCUGAACAGCUAUUUUGAACUGGCUCAAGCUCUCCUGGCCAUCAGAAAUGAAUUCUAUCAAGGAGAUAGGAUAAAACUACCUGUGGAGAUUCACAGAAAAGAGCUUACUGAUAAUGGCAGAGGAAAGGUUACUGGAACCUUUGUUGUCCCGCCAGGCCUAGGAGAGCCCAGCCAGGUACAUGUUUACCUGCAUCAAUCCAUCAUACCUUUGGUCAAGCAAGUCACUUUGGUCAGUCCAUCACAGAGAACUUAUAAUUCAAAGUCCGACGAGUUGCUGAAUAUCAAAAUCUUGAAAAUCAACGCCAUUAUUAAUGAGACCGGAACCUGGACCUACUCGAUUGAUCGUCACCCAGGCAGCCAACAGCCUCACUUCAUUGUUGUGGCUGCUACGCCACAAAGCAACGAGCAAAGAGACGCACCUGUCACUGCACACCUUUUCACCAGUGGCAAGGAUAUGCGCCUUGAUGGCCAGAGCGGCCCUCUAGCUUUGUAUGUGGAAGUCAAGCAAGGCGAUUGGCCCGUCCUGUCUGCAAGAGUCGAGGUCAAGGUAACCAAGGUUGGCAACGACUCGGGCCACCCCUAUGAGGACAGAUUUGAACUUUUGGACACUGGCAGCGGAGACCCUGACAUCACCAGGGGCGACGGCGUCUACUCCAGAUACUUCACUGGACACGCUCAGGGAGGCGCUGGCACAUACAGAUUUGAGGUCUUGGUAGAUGACAAUGGCAACACAGCAUACACCUGGCAGACCACAAGAGACUCGCUCGGCCGCCGUUCGGUGCUCGAUGAGGAUCAGUUGUACCCAAGCGGCCAACUCCUAUCAGUCAACUCGGCCUCUGGCCGCUGCUGUGGUAGUGCUAUCUGGCCCCAGGCGGUCCACCAGUUGGUGGCUUUCCAACGCAAUCUUCCUCCUUUGGAUGUAGAGGUGGCCGCUGGAGCUGCUGAAAGAGUUGACCAGAUUUUGCCUCCUGCCAAGAUCAACGACCUCAGGGUGCUUCCCCAGGCCACGGGUGACCUCAGAACAAGGUUGCUUUGGACUGCUCCGGGAGCAAAUGGUGAUGUUGGAUCAGUUGACCACUAUGAAGUGAGAUUUGCCAACGACCUUGCUACUCUGGUGGACGUUUUCGAGUCCUCCCAAUUGUGGCCAUCAGCACCUUCCAUGCCUCUGCCUGCUGGCGCUGAAACCACACACACCCUCGACUUUUCCGAGAUGCCGCAACUCCUCGACCAGCCCGUCUUCAUGGCCAUCCGCGGGAUCAACAGCCACGGCGCCUCCAGCCCAGUUUCCAAUGUGGUCCGCCUGCUUGUAGCUUCACCUCCCAAGCCUCCAGGGCUUCCUCCAGCCCUUGACUUUGACCCAGCCGAUCCGUCUGUCAUCCCAAGACUGGCUGCCGCUUCAGGUCCUGGACUCAUUUUGCAAGUCGUCCUUCCAGUGGCUGCUGGCAUUGUGGUCUUGGCCGUCUGUGUUUCUCUCUACUGUGUCAUGGUCGUACACAGAAGGAAAAGGCAUUCCAAGGAGCCACCUCCAUCUCAGCCUCCUCCAGCGCAACAACCAUACUCUGGGCCACCCCCAAGAUAUGAGGCCGAAGAUGACUACAAUAAGCAAAGGGACAAGUCCAUUUAUUCAACCACCACUGUGGUCCCCAUUGUGGAUCCUCAGACUCAAAUAGUGAACGCGCGAACUCUCAGUCCAUACCAGUCCUGGACGGCUAGCCAGCUUCUUCACGAGCACGAACGAAGGCACAGCCCUUACGGCUAUGUGCAGCACUAUGCUCAAGAAGGACCUCCAGUGCCACCUCCGCCCCACGACUCAUCCAUCUACACUGUGAACUACUACAACAACUCGUUCCUCUCCAUCGCCGAUGAGGGCUCGGCCAUUUACGGUCAGCGCCCAAAACCUGGGCCCCCCACCCUGCCUAAGCCAAACGUCAACUUCAACCCUAGUUUGCAGGGCAGUCUGUCUUCAGUCAACAGUGACAAAAAGAAAAGGAAUGUGACCAUGGUUUAAGAAGACCAUUGUUUCAAGACCUUUGUGUUCAGUGCGUCUUUCUGGUCAAUUUUUAUAUGAAAAUAUCCAAGGACAGCCUUUGUGGUAUUGGAUUUCAGAAAUUUUUUAAGCUUGACUACGAGGUAUCAAAGGUGCCUUUUUACAUUGUGAAAUUCGUCCAACACCAUUAUUCUGGCAUCAAUCAAAACUACUCCUGGCGCACAGACUUGAAAACCACACAGUACUUGGGUGGCCAGUGUUAAGUUUAUUAUUUGUCCCUCAAACUGAUAUUCGUCAGUUGAUCUCUACUGCAAAAGCCGGGCAGCCGUCGAUAAGAGGCGAAUCAUACAUUACAAGUCCCAGCACCAAAAUGAGACUGACUCGUUCACCAAGUUCUGCAAAGCAAUCUCCCUUUUGUGGAGUCUUUGCAAUGCGUGCUCAAUAAAUUUGAAAGAAAAAUGGACUUUCAUACCCUAGCUAAAGUCUCUUUGUUGAGACGGGCAAUAUUAGUGUUUUAGACUGUGACUUUUUGCAAGUCACUUGUAAGAGUUGUAAAUUUUUGAUAUCUUAAAUAUGUUGAAGAAAAUGUACUAUAGUGAACUCAACUGAUGCAAUAAAUAAAAAUUAUGAGUUAUC